AUGCCUCCUACUGAUCAAGAACCCCCUUAUGAUCCCUAUAUUCCCAGCGGCCAGGCCGGCUCGCAGCAGGCCGCCGGCGCCGGUGGCAAUGCCAGGACACAGGCUUUGCAGUCUCAAAUCGACGACACGGUCGGUGUGAUGCGCGACAACAUCAACAAGGUCUCGCAGCGUGGUGAGCGCCUGGAUGCCCUCCAGGACAAGACGGACAACCUGGCUGCUUCGGCGCAGGGAUUCCGUCGCGGUGCCAACCGCGUACGCAAGCAGAUGUGGUGGAAGGACAUGAAGAUGCGCAUGUGCAUCAUCAUCGGUAUCAUUGUCCUGCUGGCCAUUAUCAUUAUUCCCAUUUGGGGACCAAGUUGGAAGGACUGGGAAGGGCAUGCGUUUGUUUUGGACGUUUUGAAUUUGAGCGGCGUGCUGGCACUAGGCAGUCUGAAAAGAGAGACUGGCGGAAAGGACCCGGAGCAUGCUGCCAAACAGGGUACUCGUUUUCUUGUUUCCGAGCAUUGUGGAAUUUAA